AUGUACUCCAAUUUGAAUAAUUUAGAUCCUAAUGCAGGGAUCGUACACAACCACGGGCCGAAUGAAGAUGAUAUUCAAGUUUCAAAAUGUUUAUUAAAAAUUAAGGAAAAAACUCAAUCAACCCAAGUAAAUCCAGUUGAAAUCUACGCAGAAGGAAUUAAUUCACUUUCGUCUUCAUGUAAACCUCGAAUUCCAGUUGAAGACGUUGUAAAAAGGACUGUCCGAAACUAA